CAGGCGUCUCAAUCAAUUAGUAAACAGGCAUUGUGGGAUAAAGGCGGAAUUGUAGCGAUUUCCGUAUUCCCUGAAUUGGCCUGUUGGGAAGAAAGAAAACAAGGAAGGUGGGGAAAAAAUCCUCGUUUUUGCGUUUUAUCACGAGUCUAUAACAGCCAAGCAAGAGCACCAUGUCACAGUCUGGAGAAAAAGGAAAGUUCCCUGACGCUACAGGAUACGUCGGAUUUGCCAACCUGCCCAAUCAGGUGCACAGGAAGUCUGUCAAGAAGGGAUUUGAGUUUACACUGAUGGUCGUAGGAGAAUCUGGUCUUGGGAAAUCAACCCUUAUUAACAGCCUCUUUCUGACCGACCUCUACCCAGAACGCUACAUACCUGGAGCAGCAGAGAAAAUUGAACGCACAGUUCAGAUCGAAGCAUCCACCGUGGAGAUCGAGGAGAGGGGAGUGAAGCUCCGCCUCACCGUGGUGGACACGCCAGGAUACGGAGACGCCAUCAACAGCCAGGACUGCUUUAAAACAAUCAUCCAGUAUAUUGAUAAUCAGUUUGAGCGAUACCUGCAUGACGAGAGUGGACUGAACCGUAGGCACAUCGUCGACAACAGAGUACACUGCUGCUUUUACUUCAUCUCGCCAUUUGGACAUGGUCUGAAGCCUCUGGAUGUCGAGUUUAUGAAGGCGAUCCACAAUAAAGUCAACAUCGUCCCUGUGAUCGCAAAGGCCGAUACUCUCACACUGAGAGAGAGAGACAGACUCAAGAGACGGAUUUUGGAUGAGAUCAGUGAGCAAGGCAUCCGGAUCUACCAGCUUCCUGACGCUGAUUCGGACGAAGAUGAAGAAUUCAAGGAACAGACGCGUGUCCUCAAGGCCAGCAUCCCGUUUGCCGUGAUCGGCUCAAACCAGCUGAUCGAGGUGAAGGGCAAGAAGAUCCGUGGACGUUUGUACCCGUGGGGUGUGGUGGAGGUGGAGAACCCUGAACACAAUGACUUCCUCAAACUACGCACAAUGCUAGUAACUCACAUGCAGGACCUACAGGAGGUCACUCAAGACCUCCAUUAUGAGAACUUCCGUUCGGAGAGACUAAAGAGAGCCGGCAGAGCGGUUGAGGAGGACGUGCUGGACAAAGAUCAGAUCCUCUUGCAGAAGGAAGCUGAGCUGAUACGCAUGCAGCAGAUGAUCGCUCAGAUGCAAGCGCAGAUGAGAAUGAAACCCGGAGACGACUAAGCACGUGUGUCUAUGAGUGUGUUUUGUGUGUUGUGGGAACAGGAACUGCCAUCUUAAUGGAGGUUUCUUCCUCCCCAAAUCUUCCCCAUUUUUAAACUAUAUUUACUGUUAAACAUUUUAAUGUCAUCUAGAUCAUAUGACCUUUACUACUUUACAGCUCCGCCCAUAUUAAUAACCUCUACACUUUUAAAAACGGUCCAUUAUGAUGUCAUUUUGUCAACGGUCUCUGUCCAAUCAGGGAAAACGCCCUCUUUAAUUUAAUCGCCUAUAGUCAUUCAUGGUCAUUUCAUUGACACAUUUAAUGUUGUACAAUCAGGGUUUGUGGUCCAUUUCUCGACCCUGGAGAUUUCAAAGGCAGUCUGAAUCUUUUUCUGUGGCAAACUCAAUUUUUUUGCUGCUUAUACAGACAUUUUCAUGUAUCUGGAUCGCAUAUGUUUACCAGCUGGAUCCAUUAACACUAUCUAACACAGAUACGGUGCUUUUAUUGUGGGGAAAUGAAUAAAAUUUGCAUUUUAUUUUAUUUGUAUUUGAGUCUAGUCAAGUUUAGAGUCUUACUACAGGUUCAUAACCGUGAAGCAUUCGUGCACAUGAAUUAAUAUCAAAGUUUGGCUGUUUUCUGAGGGUGUGUUUUGAAAAACAAGGCGUCUGUAGUGCUUAGCACUGUGUUUUUCAUGUAGAAAUAUCUGCUGAGACGAAAGUAGCCAGUGCAAUUUUAAAUUAAAGAGUUAAAUGCUCGCAAAUCAUCUUUUCUCGAAAUAUGUUCAAUCUCACAUUUUUAAAACGAGUCUAUAAGGUGAGAGGUUCAAGUCUUUUGUAGGGCAGCGUUUCCCUCUAGUGGACAAUACUGAAUAAUAGAAAGGAGAUAAAAGCUAAAUGAUUAAAAUCGCAACUGGACAAUAUUUCCUCAUUUUGUUUGCAUUGUUUUGUUGAUAAUGUAAUAUCUGAUUAACACCAUUUUGAUUGGUAAAUGUUUCUUAUUUUGAGAGUGUGAAUGGAGUGAUGGUACUUUAUCAUGGAAGCACUCGGUUAGCGUACUUUAUAUCAGAUCCCACUUUGUAUUUUGAUUUUUGAAAUCAUUCACAGAAAUGCCUUAAAAGCUCCACCUUUCCUAGAAACAUUCUGCACACAUUUGUAGGGUUUCUCUGGGUUUUCUGUUGUUUUAUAUGUAGUUUUAUUGCUUUUUUUUUUUUCCCAGCUACUCUUCCAGUACUCCUACUAAACAUGAUAACUACUACAGUGAUAAAAUGUAGUUGGUCUUUAUAUUUCUUGUUUAACAGCUGGAACGCUUAACUUUAUAUGUUUUAAAUAGAUGAACGGUAUUAGCUUUAAGAAAAGGACUAAAAGACCAUCAUUGUACUGAGUUAUUAUGGUCUACUGUAAACACACUGAUUUUGUUUCGUUUAAUUUGUGGUUCAGCCCAGUUAUUUUGACUUGGUUAUCUCCUGUUUUGGCUUUUUAAAAAGAUUAACAGUUUUCAUUUUGUGGUACAGUAACAGUAAUGUUUACUUCAUUUUUAUAUUUACUCAUGUUGAGAAAUAAAAUACAUUUCUGAGUCA